AUGCAGAAGACUUGUUGCAUCCUGAUGGCUGGAGGGAAACUGCAGAGUCCGAGAAAAAAUCUGAGCCUGCAGAUGCAGAAGACUUGUUGCAUCCUGAUGGCUGGAGGGAAACUGCAGAGUCCGAGAAAAAAUCUGAGCCUGCAGAUGCAGAAGACUUGUUGCAUCCUGAUGGCUGGAGGGAAACUGCAGAGUCCGAGAAAAAAUCUGAGCAGCCAGAUCUCGCGGAAAUCUGGCCCAGCGAAGACGAAGAAGUAUCACGACGCGGACGCAGAGGCAGACAGUCCCCUGCAGGUAGCAGUGCCGCCGCCACCGCAGCGGGUACCGCUGCCGGCAGUAGCAGAGAAACGAGAGGCCGACUUCCGGCGCCGCACACGGCUGGCGCUGGCACGCUUUGCCUGGCUGAAGCAGCGGAAGGAACUGCGAUUUUUGCUCAGUUGUACCCUGUGGCGUUGGUCCUUAACGUCCAGCCGCCGCAGGUGCUUAGGAGCCCGGAGCUACUUGCGGAAUCGCUACCAGCAGGUGGCGGAUUGGCAUAACCUGCUGGCGGCCUUUCAUCGCUGGAGGAGUCGAGGAAAAUCGAAGCGUUACUUGGUGGCUGUCGACCUAUCAGAUGACUCAAGAUUACGGUACCACCGCCCGGCGACUUUCGCCUCGCCUUCCGCCGCCACGCCCGACACGUCCGACCCGUCGCCCUGGCUGUCGCUGCUGCGGCGCGUGGCGUUCCACGGCUGGGGCGAGUUGUGCUGCGGCGUCCGCGGGCGAAGGAAACUCAGCGCUGGCGCGGUGCUGAAGGAACGCUUGGAGCUGGGCUGCAUCGAUUGGGUCAGCCGCAAAGCCUUGAGUGACCAUCGCUUGGCGCAGAACUUGCUCAGCGAGCUCAGGGACGAGACGGCCGUGCUGCACCGCGCAAUUGAUGACUUGGAUUUGAAGGUGAGAACUUCGCAGGGUCAUCAGUUGCUCCGUCACGUGUGGCGCCUUUGGCGUCACGGACGGCCCUGGUGCGACACGGCCCUGAUGCCUCUGGCGAUGAGGCACUGGCUGUCCUUAGCCUUAGUCCGUUGGGCAAUUUUGGCGCGAAAGCGCCAGCUGCCCCGCUGGAUUUGUGGCCGUCGCUUGAUGCUGCAGGAGGCUUUGAGCUGUAGGAUGGUUUGGAGCUGUUUCGCGGCGUGGCACCUGGCUUGCAGUGAGCUUUCUGCCUCCAACGUCCAAGCGCAACUGCUGCGUUGCGUCAAGGCCUUAGGCGCCUUUGAUCUGCAGCUGCUGCAGCUGUGUCCAGAGAUCACCUCAGAUGGCCUGUGUGCCAUGCAGGUGAAGUGUGUGGACUUGAGUCAGCUGCUCCAAGAACACUUCUCCAAUAACAAGUUGGACAUUGCCAGGCCUUGUGUGGGUUUCCCCUGCCAGCGCUUUCGUUACUUCCAGCUGCUGCGGCGGGUUGCCUUCCAAUCGUGGCGGAAGAAAGCGGCACAGAUACCCAAGGACCGUGGCCCUUGGUGUUCCCUUCGUCCGUUGCUUCGUUUGUCCUUCCACGCCUGGCGCUUCCGCAGCGCUGCGCAGCGCGUGGCCACGGCGCUGCCGCGACGGCUCCGGGCGCGCAGGCAGAUGCUGCGCGACUGGCGCCUGCUGCGGAAAAAUGGGGCGCCCAAAAUGCUGGAGUACCGUGCUGUGUCCCUGCUGCAUGUGACAUGA